AUUUUUAUUCAUUAGAAUUAAGCAAGUGUCAUUUGGUUUUUGUGAAAUAUUCUUAGUAUCGAUAAUCGAUAUUGUGAGGUCACAUCAUUAUACAGCUGACCUUCGCUGCUGGCUGUCGUUCGAUCUGUGAAAAAGUAUAAGCCGCUAAAAUGUCGUCGGACGCCCCCUCUCGCCCCAUGAAGUAUCCUUACACAUUCUCCGCGAAGAUCGCGCAGUUCCCCUUCAAGUACUACGUGUCCAACCAGUGGAUUUGGAAAUACUGGAUGGCGGGAAUCGCCCUUAGUCUCCCCGUCUUCUACAAGAUUCACAAGCUCGCAAACUCUCCCGAGAAUGUGAGCAAAUGGGCUGAGAUCAAGAAGAAGGAAGCCGCGGCUCACCACUGAUCAGAGAAAUAGUGUUUUUGGGGUUCAAAGUAAUAAGCAACAUGUAUGAUAUGUUUAUGUUAUAAGAAUAAUAAAAUCAUGUCUUAGUUUAA